CGUCGUGACCAUCGUAGCCAGUAACAGUGAGUGUAGACCCCUGGCAGAGGACGGACGAACAUCCGGAGCCUCAUUGUGACUACAUUCACGUGGGGACGGCGGCGGCGAGUUGACGAUGGCGUCCAGACUGUGUCUCCUGGUGGUGGCAGCGUGGACGGGCUUGGCCGCAAGUCAAGAUACGGAUUAUUGUAAAUUUACUUCCGAGCACACAGUGUGCAAGUUUUCUGGACGGGGCCCUCGCUGCGGGCCUCAGGUGCGGGGCAGCGGAGUGAGUUCCGAGGACGCUGCCGUCAUCGUGGCACUGCACAAUGAACUCAGGUCAAAAGUGGCACGAGGAGAGGAAACUCGAGGAGCGCCCGGACCGCAGCCUUCCGGCGCCAACAUGAAAGCCCUGGCGUGGGACGAGGAGCUGGCAGCCGUGGCACAGCGACACGCCGACCAGUGCGUCUUCGAGCACGAGUGUCCUGAUUGUCGCCGCGUAGACAGGUUCGGAGUGGGCCAGAACCUUUUCAUCAGCUUCCAGAGCAACCUUGACCUCAGGAUACAGUGGAGCCGCGCCAUCCUCAGCUGGUAUGACGAGGUAGCAGACUUCCCCAACACCAGCAUCCAUCCAUACCAGUUCUCCCAGGCCACAGGUCACUACACGCAGAUGUUGUGGUGGGACACGGCGCUUAUCGGGUGCGGGUUCACCAUGUUCCUGGAGGACGGCUGGUGGAAGAAGCUGUACACCUGCAAUUAUGGUCCGGCGGGCAACAUAAUCUUCAGCCAAAUGUACCUCCGAGGCGCCCCGUGUUCUGCCUGCCCUGACGGGACCUUCUGCUCCCUCCAGUACCCGGGGCUCUGUGAAGGAGAUGUCGAUGUCAACAACACCUCUGUGGCCUCCAGCACUGUCCUGCCUCCCACACCUGCUAAGGACGACAUAAACACUAUCCUCGGGGACUUCAAGGGCUUCACUGGCUUGAUUAACCUUAACAGCAUCACUCCAAAUGACGUGGACCUUCAGGCUCUUGUGGAAUUCUUCAACAACAUGAGACGGAACAAUCUCAUCACGGUGUCGGCUACCACGCCACUGAGCGGGCAGACCGCGACUACCACGCCCACAACCACAGUGCAGCCCUCAACAGAAACUGCAGCUCCUACCACUGUUGAACCUGCCACCACCACCAUAACAGCCGCCACAGAGCAGCCUCUGGAGUUCCUGUCUGUGAUAACCAAAAGUCCAAUUUCCACCAGUUUAGCGCCCAUCACUACCGUCCCUCCACCACCACAAGACGAGACCGUCGCGCCGCCCGUCACCAGCCAGGUGGCAUCCCCCUCCCCCAUGCUCUCGGUAGAACCUGAAGCUGAGCAGAUUAUGUCAGUCCUGGAGGCGCUGAGGGCUUCUGAGGAAGGCACGCAUAUGGAGACAAGCGAACACAAUAACUUAGGCUUGUCUCUUAUGUCCAUUUUGUUGCGAGCAGGAAGGAAUACGCAGGUGAUUCGUACCUCUUCUCUCAAUAACGUGCACGACAUCAUCCAAGGUCUUCCAACUGGUGUCGACCCCAUCGUCGUCCUGAGAUCGCGGAAUGGCAGACUGACGGAGUUGGACCCCAUGUCUCUGACGCCACGCCGUGCUCACCGCUCAGCCACCAACCCUGCACGCCUGCUCACCUGUGAUAUGGAUAUGUCACCCUGCACCAUGAGCCUCGCUGGAGGGAGCUGGACAGUGAUGAAGAGUACUGGUGAAGGCCACCACGCGGAGAUCCAACUCGCGGAGGGAGACAAGACGCAAAUUAUAGUGAAAAAGGUGGUGAAGGCUCCCCCUUCUGGGACAGCCUGCGUUGCUUUCACGCACCGCCGAGAUGCAUUUCCCACCGACUCAGACACCACCGCUACCGCCGCCACCACCUCAGAAGCAGACAACACCAUUCCGGAUCUGCAGGUGGGCGUGAUGCCGCUGGGGAGGCAAGCGGCCCAUAAGACAGUGCUGGGCGUGCCGGGACGCUGGGAAAUGAGUCGCAGCACCUUUCGGGACCUAAACAGCCCCUUCGUGGUGGUGGUGAGCGUGGGCCCCGCCACCAGACCCGCCAAAAUGGCCCUCGACGCCCUCAUGGUCACUGACGGACCCUGCUGUCUCUCUGGCCGCUGUUAGGGCCACACAUACACACACACACACACACACACACACACACACACACACACACACACACACACACACACACACACACACACACACACGGCAUUAUAUACACCAGUGUCCAUUUGGAUUCAUAGUGUUAUUUAUUGUUAACAUAAAGAAUAAACUAUGAUUUUAA